CAGCGGGCAGGAGGACACAGACACACAGAGGAGAGAAAGAGGACGGGACGAGGACACAUAGAGGUUCAUGGAUGAGCAGAAUAACAAAAUCUCUUCCGGGCUCUGAAAUCUGUGACGUGAGUUUAACCUUUAACCUUCAGGAGACGAGUCAACAACAACAACAACAACGAGCUUCAUCAGCCUUCUCUCCCUCAUCGUAUCGAGUACUGACCUCUUUUGGUUCAGCCGUCGAUGACCGAAUGGAUCAAAGAUUCUCCUCUGUGAAGCAUCAGGGAUUCAGACAUCAGUUUCAGUUCUCCUGCCUGGUUUAUUAUUAACUCGCCCCAUUUGAAACUCAGACUUCUCAGAGUGAUAUUUCAGUUAACACGCUCACCGUCCGUCAACGGAGCGUCACAGAGGUCAACGGGACGGAGCGAGACAGACGCAGCUUCACAGACGCAGCUUCACAGAGCGGAUUCUUCUGAAUUCAGUCUGAGUUCUGGAGGAGGCCGAACAUCGAUCCUGACCGACAGCUGGAGAGAGAGAAACAUCUGCUUCAAACAGCCCUCCGUCACCUGUCCAUCAUGGCCGACCCGUCCCCCGGCUGGUGGAAGCUGACCUUCCUGAGGAGGAAAAAGUCUCAGCCUAAAGUUCUCUAUGAAAUCCCUGCAGAGUCCGUCUCUAACUCCUCCUCCUCUCAGCACGGGUCGAUCACCGCCACAGGAGCCACCGCCGCCGCCGCCAACCCAGAGGACCCCCAGCUGGACGCCCGACUGGAGAGAAUCGUGGACAAAACGACAGGCAGCCGGGGGCGCCAUGUGAAGGUGUCUCACUCCGGGAGGUUCAAGGAGAAGAAGAAGGUCAGAGCGACUCUGUCGGAGAACUCUCAGGUGUUUCCAGCGGGAGAACCAAUGAGAGACGAGAACCUGAGAGCCGGGAAGUGACAGGACACACAAACGCUUCAAAUGACCUUCAGGAUCUGAACUCUCUGGUGCUUUUUCAGCUGCUGACCAUCAGGGAUACAUUUUAAUCAUAAUAAUUAAUCAGAUUAUUAUUUUUUAAACUUUGAAUGUCGAGAAACAAAAGAGGAACAAUUUAAUAUCAGCAGGUGUCAGGUGGUUUCGAGACCGUUUUCUGAAGGCUCAGAAUCUAAAGCAUUUGUACUCAGUCUUGUCUCGCUCUCAGACUGGGCGGACUCUGGAUUUUAAAUCAAGACCGGUCUAGACCACCACUGACAGGCUAUUUUUACACAUCAUUCCUCUGACUGUAAAUGUCUCAGUCUUGGUCUCGGAGCACUCGGGUCUGUCUUAGGUCUGAGAACAAAGAAGCUCCAUUAAAGAUGAUUUUUUUUUUGUUUUGGAUUGCAUCAGACUCCUCAGGUGGUCACAAACACAGAAUAUGAAGUUUGAUUAGAAAGUUAGGAGCACUUUAUUUUAAUGAGUUUUAUAGAGGAUGACUUUGUGUUGGCCAGCAGGGGGCACAGUCUUCCUCAAACACUCCUUCACUCAAAAUAAUGAAAGAGUCUGAGGGCCACAUCAAGGGGAAGAUUUGGGGGAGAUUUUGUACAUUUUUUCAUUUUACAUAGCCUAUUUUAUACUUCAUUAAUGCUUGGGGGAAAAUUCUGGUUUACACUCUUUAGACCUGCUUCUCUCUCACAGACAGACCUGUGGACAUUAGUGGGGGAUGCUACACUGGGGGCUCAGUGUCUUCCUCAAUGGACACCUCUCCAGCUAACAGACCAACAUCCAUAUUUUUGUUUCUGCUCUCAUCAGGCGGAUGUCUGCUCUUCUGAUAGAACCUUUCAGAAUAAUAAUUUUAACCACAACCGGAUCUAAAUCGAGUUACACAUUUCAUAUCGUACAUGUAGAUUUGUUUUUCUUUACCCUGGCCUUAAUCCUCUGUCGUAUCACUGAAUUCAUUUUGUUUUGGUUUUGAUCUCAGAUUAAUGUGUCUGUGCUCCUAAACUCAUGAGACGUUGUGUAAAUAUUUAUGUUCUAUCAAUAAAUAUUUGUGAUUUUAAAAAUAGAUCAUUUUUUUAUCCAAAGCUUUAAAAGUGUAGAAUGAGCUGCGUAAAAUCACAUCCUGUCCUUUAAAUGUUUUUAAGAACUUUCAGAGCUGCUGUGUUCGGUUUUCACCACAAGAGGGCGCCACCACCCCCUCCUCAUUCAGAGAAGCUUCUGGGAGACGUUGGCGUCCUCUAGUGGCGAGAUGCUGCAUUACACAUUACACUCAGUUAAACAACAAUAUCCUGUAAACGGGUUUACUUGAGGGCGAGAUUCAGAAAAUAAAAACAUUAAAGUUUAAACUGUUAAAAAAGUGCAGAAGUAUUUUAUUCUGAUAUUGGAAAAUUUAAAGUUUUUUACUUUAAUUAAGUUUAUAUUUACAUAUUAAAAAGUGUCUUAAAAAAUCCCAGAGGUAAAGACUUUAAAAUGUAUUAUUUUUCAAGACAAUAUUUGACUUUCAGGCCUCAGUAAAAAAUAAAAAGUACUGAUUCAAUUUGUGAUUAUUUGACAUUAAAGAUGACAUAUCCUC